AUGUCCGACGACUGCCAAGCCUGCAAUGCCACCUACGCCCAGGGCAACCUGCGCAAGCGCCUCAUCGUCUGCUGCGACGGCACCUCGUACGGCGUGGACAAGGGCACCGCCGACUACGCCAGCAACGUGGGCCGAAUCAGCCGCGCCAUUUCCCGAGUCGGCGUCGCCAGCGACGGAGAAAAGGUCUCCCAGGUGGUGUAUUACCAGUCCGGCGUGGGGACCGGUUCCCUGACGUCCGUCGACCGAGCUCGCCAGGGCGCUUUCGGUGCAAGUCUUGCCGAGAACGUGUGCGAGGCAUACAACUACCUCGCCAACAACUGGGGGCCCGGCGAUGAAAUCUUCCUCUUUGGCUUCUCGCGGGGGGCCUACACGGCUCGGUCGCUCGCCGGCUUCAUCUGCCAGGUUGGCCUGCUGAUGCCCAUCCACAUGGACCACUUUCACGAGGUCUACAGCGCGUACAAGAACAGGGGCGACGCGGCUUUCCAAGACACCCCGUGGGCGACUGCUCCUCUUGAACCCGGCGAGCUCGGCACCGUGCCGCCGCAAGCUGGCGCGCCGGCCCAAGCCCACGGCAGUCGCAGUCGCAGCCGCCUUGACCAUCUUCGCUCCAUCGCUCACACGCACGUCAAGAUCAAGGUGGUUGGUGUGUGGGACACCGUCGGCAGCCUCAGCGUGGUCAAUUGGUUUGGCCAAGCUGGUGAUGAUGCCCACUUUCACUCUACCAAGCUGAGCCCAAAAGUCGAGAAUGCCUUCCACGCGUUGGCCCUCGACGAAUCCCGAGGCAACUUCCCCCCGACUCUCUGGCAUCUCGACUCUACCUGUCUGGGGCCAGACGGCACACCCAUGGUCAACCUCAAGCAGUGCUGGUUCCCAGGCUACCACUCCGACGUCGGGGGCCAAAAGGCAGGCGACCUCGACGCCAACAGCAUCGACGAAAUCACCUUUUCCUGGAUGUGCGAUCAGCUCCACGGCCUCUUGCAGCUAAGCGGCACCGUCUUGCAGAAAUACAUCCUCUUCCGCCUCGGCGACACCAACUUUGACCUGAGCAACAAGAAAAUCCGCGACCUGGCCGCCUCCUGGACCAAGAUCGGCUGGGCCAACGGCAAGCUCAGCGACACCAACUCCUGGACAGCCGGGUGGUGGGUCCCGUCUCUCUUGUCAACCGCCAAGGCUUCCUACAAGCGUGUUCCCGGAGAGACAAAGGCAUUCGAAAAAGUCAAUGGGACCACCAAGCAGAUUCCCUGCCAGAACUUCCGCGAGGAAGUACACCCCAGUGUGUACCAUCGGUACAGGGCCAGUGUUGGGUACAAACCUGCCCCGUUUGCCGGGGAUGAGUGGACGUACCACGAGUCCAAAGACGGCAAGCCCGCGCAGUGGGUCAAGACUUUGAAGGGUGGCCAGCAGGUUGUCUUGAACGAGUAUCUCAUUCCGAGGAGCGACAAGAUGAAGGCAGGGUACAGGAAGGCGCAGGGAUAUGACCAUUGGGAGGGCAGCCUGGAGCGCACCUUUGCACCCAAGGAGGUGCUCGAAGUGCAAGACCUGUGCUUGAAGGAUUAG